GCUUCGAUAUACUUGAUAUGCCUUGCUAGAUUUCAAUGAUGAACAUGCUGAGUAUUUAAGGAAGCUAUUCUUACUAUUACACAUUUACAUCUACGACUUGUAUAAACAGAUUUAUAUGUGUAAAGUUUUCACGUGCUCUUAUCUUUAAAUUCAUAGUUUUAAACUGAGUCACUCACUGAGCUUCAUAGCUCACCCUUUCCAAAAUGUUUUACCCAUUUUCCAGGUAGAGAUCGACUUCCCGGUGCCUGAUAGACUGCCUUAGUCUGCGGAAGCUUCAUUAUCGAUUGCCAGAGUCAUGCCACCACGUACUGGUAGACGACACCGGCAGAAUCAGGACGGGAUGCAAGGUCCUACCCAAGGUCCAUCUGUAGGGGAAUCUAGUACCUUAGGAGUUCGAGGUGGUGUAGGAAACGAGCAUUUUGCGAGAACAACACAGGAAAUAGGAAGGCCAGAUAGAGCAGAGCCUAGUGAUCCAGAAAAGGCAUACGGAAUUGAACGGCUGAAGAAGUUAGGGGCUACAGUGUUUGAAGGUUCCACAGAUCCAGCUGAUGCAGAGAACUGGUUGAAUAUGCUUGAAAAGUGUUUUGAUGUGAUGAAUUGUCCUGAGGAGCGAAAGGUUAGAUUGGCCACAUUUUUGUUGCAAAAAGAGGCUGAAGGAUGGUGGAAAUCUAUAUUAGCAAGACGCAGUGAUGCACAUGCUUUAGACUGGCAGACUUUUAGAGGCAUAUUCGAAGAUAAGUAUUAUCCCAGCACAUACUGCGAAGCCAAGAGGGAUGAAUUUCUGAGGUUGAAACAAGGAUCACUUUCAGUGGCUGAGUAUGAGAGGAAGUAUACCGAGCUUUCACGGUAUGCUGACGUUAUUAUAGCUGAACGGUAAGUGCAAGCUUUCCCUUCUUUGUUCAAUAAGUUUUGGAGCAAGUUUGCGAGUUUUGGUCGUUGAUUUACACUCUGAAUUUAGACAGAAGCUUGUUGGGGUUAGGGCAAGAUUGGUAGAAGUACAAGUUAAGGUUACCAAGACUCUAAAUAGAUCAAGGUUAGUUAGAAAAAGGGUUCUCUCACGUAGAAAGAGGAAAAAAGAAGUAAAGUGAGAAAGUUGUUUAGUUUCGAGACCAAGAAGUUGACUUGAUCAUCAAGAGAACAACACCACCUCGAUUGGUUGAUAUGGUUGUCAGCAAUCACCAUUAAACCACUUGCCUCAAGGACAUCAACAACAGCUUUGAAAAAGAAUGAUUAAGGCCUUAAAAAGUGGGAGAAUAAAUAAGAGAUGAUUAGGCCAUUAAAAAGAAAAAAAAAACAAGUUAUUAAAGGUAGUUUUGGAAUAAUAACCAAUUUAAAGUGGAGAGUAUUUUAAAAAGGGGAUUUUUCAAAAAUAGAAAAAAACGUUAAAAUAUUUACACCAUAUAGAAUAAAUUUUGAAAAUGGAAAAGGCCCACAACUCAUAGCAUGAAAUAACAAAAAUACCCCGCGAUUAAUCGGCCACAUACAUGUGAAAAAACGAUUUUGUACCCAAUUUGAACGAUCUUGUACCCUUGUACCAAGUCUAAAUGAUCUUCUACCAAACCUAAACGUUCUUGUAUCCUUGUAUAUCUAGUCUAAACAAUCUUGUAUCCUUGUACCUAGUCUAAACGAUAUUGUACCAAACCUAAACGAUCUUGUACUCAAUCUAAAUGAUCUUGUAUCAAAGUUAAAUGAUCUAUUAGUGAUAUGGUCUAUAUGGGGUAAACAACUGGUCGUUUGGAUAUUGGUACACGAUUGUUUAGAUCAUGUACCAAUAUCAUUUAGAUCUUGGACCAAGAAGAAAAAAGAAAAUGUGAAAUGAAGAAGAAGGAAGAAAUUUUGGAAGAAGAAAUGAAGAAAUUGCAAUAAAGAAGUGGAAAUAUGAAGAAUGAGAGGUAAUAAUAUGAAAAA